AUGUCGCCGUUACGGGAUGGCAAGUCUACAAUAAAUUGCGCCAAUGACAUUUCAAACAAUCUGAAUACAUUACCGAUCCGCCCGCUGCCUCUCGUCGAGAUGCAGCUCCAAGAAUCAGUGCAGUACCCACUGACUGGCCUGGGCUCCGAGGAAGCCUGGAUGACCCUAACGACCUACCCGCCCGGGUGGGGUUGGGUUCGUGUGGGACCCGACCACCGCCUCUUCGCGGUAGUCAUGUUCCACCAACUACACUGCCUGCGCAUGAUCCAGAGAGCCUUCGCAGACAAGAGCGACCCCGUUGCAGGCGAGCAUCACGUCCAGCACUGCUUAAACUACCUGAGACAGAGCUUCCUGUGCGAGGCGGCGGACGACCUCGAGGAGGGGGACUUUAUGACGAGGGAUUAUGAGAGGGAUAGAAUGGGGAGCAUUCUGGUGUGCGAGGAUUGGGCGAAGGUGUUCCAGUUUGCUGAGAGAAACUUUAGGGAGUGGGAGGAGUGGGGUUCGGAGCAGGGGAUUUGCAGGAUCUCUGACAGAGUGGGUGACGGGAUUUGUUUUUAG